GUCUCUCGUCUCCCGUCAACCGACACGUCCGCGGCGGACUUUGACGCGGCGGAAGGACCCAAGGACACACGGUGGAAGGACCCAAGGGCACACGACCAAAGGACCCAAGGACACACGACCAAAGGAUCCAAGGACACACGACCAAAGGAUCCAAGGGCACACGACAAAAGGAUCCAAGGGCACACGACAAAAGGAUCCAAGGGCGCACGGCGGGCGAAGACGAUCAACGCACCAUGGCGCAGCCCUGCCCGUACACGUACUACGCCUGCGACUGCUGCGACACCAACCGCGGCGCCGACGGAGAGGAGCGCACCUUUGACCCGCGCAGCCCGCGCGCCGACUACGCCCUCUUCCCGCUCGAGCAGCUGCUGUACUGCGAAGACUGCCGCCAGCUGCGGUGUCGGCGCUGCAUCGUCGAGGAGACGCUGAACUGGUACUGCCCGAGCUGUCUGUUCGAGGUCCCGAGCUCCGUCGUGAAGAGCGACGGCAACCGCUGCACCCGCAACUGCUUCAACUGCCCCGUGUGCGCCGCGCCGCUGGGCGUCAACUCGGUCGAGAGCCCCGAGAGGCCGUCGGACAAGGGCGGGCCAUACCUGCUGGCCUGUCCGUACUGCCACUGGAGCACCGCCGAGACGGGCAUCGCCUUUGAGAAGCACACGGGCAUCCACGGCCAGCUGUCGCGCGUUGCCAACGGCGGGACGCCCGUGCCGACACACAAGGAGCGCGACAAGGAGCGCGAGCGGCAGCUGAGGGCGCUGGACGAGCAGCGGGCCGCGCGGUAUGGCGUCCGUCCGCCUGGUGCGCCCUCGUCUGCUGCGCCCUCGUCUGCUGCGCCCUCGUCUGGUGCGCCCUCGUCUGGUGAGCCCCCGUCUGGUGAGCCCCCGUCUGGUGAGUCCUCGUCUGCACCAGAGACGGGCAAUGGCGCGGCCACGCUCGGCCGAGAGGACCUGUUUGCGAACCUCACUGCCUUCUACCGGACGCAGAUGGACGCCCAGACCCCCUCGCACCCGUUCGCCGCGCACGACCUGAGCUUCUCGUCGCCGUCGACGUACUCGCGCAUCAUGAGCCUGUACUCGGCCACGUCGCGGAGCAAGAAGCGCGAGAAGCCGCCGCCGAUGCGGGAGGCGGCCGCGGAGCUCGAGGGGCUCUGCCUGCACGACCCCGCAUCAGACGCUGCCGCAAUCGAGCGGCUGAAGAAGGAGGGCUGGCCGAGCACCCUGUCGCCGGCGCAGAAGCUCGCCCAGAUGGACCCCCACGUCCACUUUGAAGACGACCUGCGUCCUGUCGCCACCUUGCUGUGCACGAAGCGCUCGAAGCGCUGUCGUUCGUGCCGCCACAUCUUGUCCAAGCCCGAGUCCAAGAUCACUUCGACACGCUACAAGAUCAAGCUCCUCGCGCUCAACCACAUCCCGCGCAUCACCGUCCGCGCCCUCCCGUCGCCGACUGCCCAGCAGCCGCUGCCCGCCGCGCCAGGUGCACCCACGCAGCCGCCACCGUUCAACUACACCAACCUCCGCCAAGGCAUCCCCACAAACUUGAUCAUCCACCUCAGCAACCCCCUCUUUGACCCCGUCCGCGUCACCCUCGCCACGCCCAGCACCACUCCCGGCAAAGUGCUCUCCAAAGUCACAAUCCUGUGCCCGCAGUUCGACAUUGGCGCCAACACGGAUGUCUGGGACGACGCCCUCUCCUCGUCGUCGGCAGCGCCCGUCAACAGAGGCACAGUCGUCGGCUCCGACGGCGCCAUUGAGCCCGGCAAGCCCUACGACCGCGGCCGAAACUGGACCAGCGUCGUCAUCGAGGUCGUGCCUGGAUUCCUCGAGUCUGCGGGCGACCUCGACCAAGACGACGAGGUCAUUGAGAUUCCCAUAUUCGUGCGCCUCGAGUUUGACGCCGACGUCAUUGCAGACGAGAGAGGGCUGGGCGAUUCGCGUGGGACUAGGGGCGACAAGGAGAGGAGGGAGGAGGCCUUUUGGACCGUUGUUGGCGUGGGACACAUUGCCGCGGCUUGAUUUACAGACUACAUGGGCCCUUGUGCGAGUUUGAAUGAUACCCCGCCGUCUCCGCAUGUCUUUGAUUGUCGCCCGUUUUCUUUCAGUCUCGUUUGACACCCCCCAAUCCAGUCUCCCUCGACACCCCCCAAUCCAGUCUCCCUCG